AACUGUAACUGUAACUGAACCCCAUUCUCAUGCUCACACAAUGACUCCUCUCGCAAACUCAAAUGGAGUCUCAGGCGCCUUACCUGCCAUCACCAACCUCCCAUACACUCACAGAAACCCUAAAAGCAGAAGACAGUUUCAGAUAGUUGGGCUUCAGGGAAGCCAAACGCAGCAACCUCCACAACAACAAUGUCCUGUUGUGAUCACAAGAAGAGCAGCCAUAGGACUCGUGUCCUUCAUUCUCACUGCAAAUUCAACUCACAAGCCUUCACUUGCUCUGGAUAAUGGCUUCUGGUACGAAAUACCCUUGCCCUCUCCGUCAAUCACUAACAGGCUUGCGAAUGAGAAUACGGGGACUCGUUCUUUUCUGAAGAAGGGGAUCUACAUGGCUAACAUUGGGGUGAAGGGAAGCGUGUAUAGGAUUAAGAAAUAUGCGUUUGAUCUUCUGGCUAUGGCGGAUUUGGUUGCAGAAGAUACACUGAACUAUGUGAGGAAGUACCUCAGACUCAAGUCCACCUUUAUGUACUAUGACUUUGACAAGGUCAUUUCUGCGGUUUCUGUGGAAGAUAAGAAGCCGCUUACAGAUAUGGCUAUCAAACUUUUUGACAAUUUUGAGAAGCUUGAAGAUGCUGCGAGGAGGAAAAAUUUUCCAGAAACAGAAGCAUCCUAUCAGGAAACUUCAGCUAUGCUCCACGAGGUCAUGGACCGAAUGUCUUCAUUAUACCAAACAAUUUGAUUGCAUCUAAAUCAAAAUUAAUUGCUCUUUUAGACAUUCAAAUGAACAUCCUUCUUGUAUCCCAAAAUAUUAAAAAAAAAGAAAAGAAUAUCCUUAUUGCUUGGCCUACUA